CUACAUGGUCAUAGACACAGAAUGCGAACUGAUGCAAGCUGUUUGGCUUUGGGGAGAAGAACAGUGUAAAGGUCGUGGGACGAUUGCCUCCAUUGAAAACGUGAGAAAAUAUACAAAAGAUCUGAUGAAAUAUAUCAGAUUUACUUCUGUGGCCACAAAAGACUGGGAAAAACUGUUGGAAAAAUUCCAAUUUGUGGAUACUUCUGAAGCUUUGUGUCAGUUUUCCGAAUCGGAGGACAACAAAAAUUCAAAUCGACAAAGUGAAAUGUCCUGUUUAUCUAACACAAGGUCUAUAGCAAACUGUUCUAGAUUAGAAAUACCAACAAAGUACAAAUAUGACGGAAAUAUGUCCACCUUCACGAAUGUUGAACACUACCAGAAGAUUGACGUUUCAGUUUCUGGUCCGGAUAUCACCAUAUUAGGUUUUAAUAUUGCAUUUAAACCCAUUCCCUGUUACUCCGCCCCCGACAGGUGCCUCAAAUUGGAGUUUCUAAUCAAUAAUUAUUCUACAAAUGCUCAAACCCGCAUCGAGUCCAGCAUAGCAGCAAAGGAGAACAAUGCAAAUCAAAUUGAACAGGAGGUCAUCUUGGAUGAUUUUAUAGUCAUUUCGGAAGGAGAUAUUUGUGAAAUAGUUGCAAUUGUGUCAGGUGAAGGCGUAAGAAUCAUGCACUGCGUCGAAGAUCGCUUCACAAAGAACUGUGGAAGUUCUAGGUUGUCAUGUAGUUUAAAUGCAUCAGACGAUGCACUGUUGUUUCCAGUUAAAGAAAUUUUAUGUAAGCAAACGUGAAAUUUCUUUUGUCUUGAGGGCCUCGAGAUGCAUUCUAAAACACUUGACAUCAAGUCAUCACAUCAAGUCAUCAACUAUCUAGUCUCUUUUUACCCACCGUCCUUUGCUGGUACAUCUUCACAAUGAAACGAAUGGUAAGUGUCUCUGUCGAUCUUAAUCUCCAUGCACUUUCUACCUGUCGUAAGUUGUCUGAUGGGACCAUCCAAGAAGGAAAUCUUGUAGAAAAUAUAUCCCAUCCAACUUCUCCCUAAAUUCCAGUGUGCUACUAUUCAAUGAAUUACUUAAAACUUCCAUUGCCAAGCAAAAUUGUAAAUAUUCACCACGGGGCAAUCGUUGAGGCACGGGCUAUCGUAUUUGAUGAUCGAUACUGGCUAUCAGAUAUGAUAGCCAGGUCACAACGAAAACAUUACUGGCUAUGAUAGCCAAGGCAGUCUAAGUUUUAACCUCUACCAUUUUUUACUAAAAGAGUGGUCCUGGCCAUUGAGAAGCGAUAAAAUGGAGGGAGUUAAGACGUCCAUUUGUGAAGCGAAAAACCCAAGUUAUGUGAUAUACUUCAAAAUAAAGCAUUGGAAGGAAUCGGGUUUCUUUUCGCUAGCAAAACAUAUCAACCGUUCGUCGUUGUUUAGUCACGUGUCUUGAGGUCUUUGUUUCAGCUUUUGCUAAGUCAAUGAAUGGACUUGCUCCCUCCAUUUACUAAUUCCUGCUCUAAGGUCCUGGAUUCGUCUUUCAAACAGCCAAAAAGACGGUGAAGACAUCAGGAUUGCCUUACAAUGCACGUACAUUUUUAUUUACAGACACUAUAUUCUCGAAACGUCGAUUUUGAAAACUCGUGUUCCUUUUUCUACAAAGCUUAUUUUUUUACAUUUUACUUAGAAAUUUCACCAUAAUUAUUUGAAUGUUAAUGAUUAUACUAAAGUAAAAUUUAUGCAUUAAUACACACUUUUUCCUAAAGAGCUGUUUUCAUGAUGAAAAACGGUCUUAUUGUUUUAUUUUAAAAGUGACUAUUGGUUAAAAUUUAAAAAAUUAUAAAAUAAACUGAUUUGCCUGAAAACUUCAUUAUCAGUAAAAUCUUAGACAUCUUAAAAUUGUAAGUUUCUAUCAUAAAUACUUUUUGAGAAAAGGUUACGUAAAGUGAAGCAAUUCGGCGUUACGCGUAUUAACUGUAACGAGCUUACUGAUUAAUUAAAAAUUUAAGUGAUUUUCAUUUAAUGAAUUGUAUAUAAAAGGGUUACAAAUGUAUGAAAAUAAUGUGUAUUGUGUAUGUGAAAAAGAUGUAUACAAACUAAUA